AUGACGACGGCCACGGCGAAGAAACGGGUGACCCUCGAUCAACUUGAAUUUUGCGUAAAACGGAUCCGAGUGGUCGAGGAGGGGAUGUGGGAUGAUUUAAUAUUACCGGCCCCAUGCCCGAAAAAACCUUCAAAAUCUGCAGAAUCGAGCGAUUGUCCUACGAUAAUGGAAACGGAGCCCAUUCAACAAAGACUUUCCAUGUGUUCCCAAAUUUCCUCUGCUUGCUCUUCGGAAGCCGAGGAUGAAGAUAUUGACGAUCUGCAGGACUCAAUUUUAUACGGGGAUGAUUAUGAAAAAGAUGGAAAAGAUGGGGCGGAAGCUGUCGAGCUGUCCGGGCUCGCAAUUGAAGACGCCGAGAUUUACAUCGAAGGAUUAGGCGCGUUGCCAGCCGGUGCCGUCUCCAUCGCCUCC